AUGGACGAUCUUUUCAAACCGAUCAAGACCGCCCGCAAGGUCCAGCACAAUAUCGACAAGUUAGAGACCCUCUCACUAAGUGGAACGCCAGCCUCGCAACCGGCCAGUUCCAAGUCUAAAAUUUCGAUCAUUGGCAGCGACUCAGAAGAGCCCAGUGGAGUUACAAGUGAGCCGUUCAGCCUCCGACCCUCCGGAAACUCGUUGCAAAGUUCCAGUUCGGCAUAUUCGAGCUAUGAAAAGCACAAGCGUUAUGACUCAACCGCUUUCCUUCAAAAAUCUUACCUGAAAGAGAAUGCUCCAGCCUCGCUACCAGAUGAUGCACGGGAAAUCCUCAAGAGCCAACCAGACAACGGAGAUCUAGCGGCAGUCCUACAAUAUCUCCAAUAUGGCAUCGACGGAAAACAUGAUUUUGACGUGCGACUUCCUAGCCCCAAAGCGUCUCAGAUCGUCAACAUCCUUGUGACGGUGACGAUUCCUGAUCAGUGGCUGCGUUUGCGUGGUGCUAGCCUCCCCAAAAGUGAUGACCAGCUGAAGAAGUCUCUCCUUGCCUGUCUGAAUAGUGUGGCGGGAAUAGGCGCGCUGUUGAUGCAGAUCAGACGUCUCUCAUCCGUCAGCUCUGACCAGAAGAAUCCAUUCCUGGAAGAUGCGGUAUCUGUUCUGUCAACCGUUCUUGCCGGCAGCCAGGUGCUAUCAAUAUUUUUGCGUGACGCCAUUACACUUUUCAAAACAGAAAUACAACGUCGGGUAUUCUGGCAAGAAGUGACGACUCUUUUGGCCGGAAGUAAAGUCUUUGCGACGAUGGCACAAGUCUUUGCAACGACGCGAAGCCUCCGAGACCAGAACACCAGUACUUGGCUCGGAGAUGGACCAGAAUACUCCAGAUGGCUUUCUAGAAACAUUUCGACCGCAGCCACAAGCCUCAAUGCUUCAAUUCCUUCUGAUAAUCAGAAACUGAAUAUGCUUUGCCCGGUACUGAAACGUGGCUUGAGUCUCGGUUAUCGUGAUCCUUUAGUAACGGAGCUCUACACUUCUCUUCUUCUUGGAAAGAGCGUCUUGUGGACGACUGUGCACGACUUAGUUCAGAGCUUGCCGACGUAUGACCAGACUGGUCUUUUUGACAUUAUUCUGCGCGAUCUGGCAUCAAAAUUCCUCCGAGACAGCCCCGGUGUUGUACAAGAAAAGGAUGUUCUAUUGAAAAACGCAACAGUCAUUGGAGGAGUGUCAGCGAUGAUCACAGGACUGGUCCAGAACAACAGUCUUUUAGAAGCUCAUGUCCUUCAGCGGCUAACGAGCACGAGUGGGGAGUAUUCUGGUCUUGGCCUUGAUACGCGGAGGGCUGUCAUUGCAACUCUUGCCUCGAGUCAAGAAAAACUCGGGGAGCUCCUUGACAAGAGCCUGGAGCACUUCGGAAAUAAGUUACAGAUCCAACAUGAACCAAUUCUACAGCAGGAAUCAACGGCCCAAACAAUUCUGCUUGCUAUCGGCUACCUCAACCACGUGAACCACGAGUCUGCCAAACAAAUUUCGAGCUCUACUACAUUCCUCCGUAUGGUUUCCAAUCGCCUUUCGGCUUCUGUUCCUCGUGCUCGAUUCUUAGGGAUGAUUGUUGCGGUUGCAAUGUCAAGAUUGGUAGAUGAGCCUGACAAGGUCAUGAAUUUCGGUGUAGAAGAGAUGGAAGGAGAAGAGGCUCGGCGGUGGCUGGAGCUGGUGAGUAUAAGAGACCGGGUCGGGGAGUUGGAUGACUUGCCUAAAGAACCAGUUGAGCCGGAGAAACAGCAGCCUGUCGAGAGUACGUUAAGGUAUGUUCGUCAGAAACGAGUGCCAGUCCAAUCUCAGCCUCAGAGUUCCAAGAUCAUCGCAAUCGAAGAAGUCUCCCAUUCCGACCAAGACGUCGACGUCGACGAAGAUCCGGAUUUGCGUCCCUACGCGCUUCCUGAUAGCGAUCCCUCCGAUUCCGAUGAAGAUCCAACCCUCGUCCAUCGCGACAAACCCACUGUCCCAGUCUACAUCACUUCGCUCAUAAAGCAGUUGAACAUCCCGGAUGAUCCAUCGACAAUCGAAUUGGCCCUCAAGGCUGCGCCCUCCUUGAUUCGGCGAAAAGCAAAUUUUGGGGACGAACUGUCUUCAAACAUUCUUCAGCUUGCUUCCUCGCUUCUCAAUCUUCGGGAAGGGAUGUCAAAGGAAGAGAUGCAGCAAAUGAGACUCGAAGCCUUGAUCGCAUGCUUAGUUUCGAAGCCCGGAGUCAUGGGCCCCUGGAUUGCGAGCAUGUACUUUGAAGGAGAUUUCUCCAUCGCGCAACGUGCAGCAUUGUUGACCGCUAUGGCCCUAGGAGCAAGGGAAAUAGCCGGGAUCGACGACGAGAUUGAGCGACCAUCGACGACUUCAAACCUGGCCGACUCGUCCUUCCCCUCAAGCCGGCUUCCAUCCCAUCUUGAGGAAACUUACUCGGUAAAUGCUUCACCUCUAGACACCCUAUCGAUCAACCUCUCCCACCGCACGCUACAACCUAUGGCCCUUUCCGCCGCAGACAAGAUCACAGGGCCCAACGUCCUCAAAAUCCGCACGUUUUCGUCCCGCAUGGCCGUGGCAGCAAAAGAGGCCGCUAAAAUUGAAGCCCGAUCUAAACGCAUCCCAAAGGAGCUCCACAAAUUCCUUGCCGAGUCCAUGUGCCUACCCUUCUGCUCGCGACUGGCCCUACUUCUCUCCUCACUCAUCUCUUCACCCUAUCUGGCAAGUUCAACGCUCUUGCACCCCUCGCUGCUGAAACUGAGCCUACAAACUCUCAUCGUCCUUACUUCCACCAUAGGUCCAAACGCGCUCCAGCUCCCUCCACUGACGCGUGAAACCCUCCUGCUGCUGACAACGCUGCACACCAUCCCGUCACUGGCGCAUGAUCCCAUCGUUCUCCCCACGAUCCUUCACCUGCUUCUGACACUGCUUGAUCUGAAUAUCGAAGCCGGCUCGACCGCGGAAGAGCGACUUGUGACAGACUUCGGACCUAUGAUCGCCGAGCUCGUCUCCUGGGCCGCAGCGCUGGGUGAUCGGGCCUCGAUCCCCGAAAUCCGCGACGACCCGAGCGUGGGAAUGGCGAUGCCCUGGCCAGUCCUUGUCGCAGGCAUCCAGGUCAAGUGGCAGGAAGUCGGGCGAAAGUUUCAGGGCCGCAUGCUUGGAUUGAUAGCCGGGACGGAAUUUGAUUCCUUUUGA